AUGACCGCAACGACCACCACCGAGUCAGAACAACAGCAAUCCCCAGCUGCAGCAGCAAAACAUGCCAAACCGUCGUCUCUGUGGCAGGAUCUCGGCGCCCUGGGGAGUUUGCUCGCCUACGGACUGCGCAAUCCCUGGGAAAUGUACACGGGCGCGGGUCCGACGCUGAACGAGCUCACCUGUGGCCUGGCGGGCUCGUCGUUCAAGCCGAAGAGAGACAUUGGCGAUCUGGCGGGCAAGGUUAUCUUCGUGACUGGAGGCAAGGAAACCAUCCUCCAGCUAGCCCAUCACCGACCACACCGCAUCUACCUCGCCGCGCGCACCGAGUCCAAAGCCCGCGAUGCAAUCGCGUCCAUCAAGGCCGCCGUCUCCUCGCCCGUCGACAUCCGCUACAUCCCGCUGGACCUGGCGUCGUUCGCCUCGAUCAAGAAUGCGGCGAGCCAGUUUACGUCGGAGUGCGAGCGUCUGGACAUCCUGAUCCUGAACGCGGGCAUAAUGGGGCAUCCGCCUCAGACGACCGAGGCAGGCCACGAGAUCCAGUUCGGGACGAACCACGUCGGACACUUUCUGCUGACGAAGCUGCUUCUGCCGACGCUGUUGAGGACUGCGUCCACGAAUGCCGACGCGGAUGUCCGGGUCAUCACAGUAGCGUCCAUCGCCAGCGGAGUCGCCUCGUCGUUCUCCUUCGACGAGCUGACUUCGACUCCCGGCCUCCUUGCAGCAAGCACCUGGCAACGCUACGGCGCCUCCAAGGCAGCCAACAUCCUGUUCGCAUCGGAGCUGGCUCGACGACACCCCGAGCUCCUAUCCGUAUCCGUCCACCCAGGCGUCGUGAAAAGCGACCUGUACGAGACGACCAAGGCUCGCAACGCGUUUGCGCGCUACGUCCUGGAUCUGACGGCGCCGCUGGCGAUGCGCACCGUCUCCUCGGGCGCGCUGAACCAGCUCUGGGCCGCCGCCGGGGCAAGUCGCGAGCAGCUGGCCAGCGCCAACGGCGCCUUCUACACGCCUGUCGGCAAUGUGCAUCCGCGGAACAGGUUCGUGGCUGAUGCGGAAAUGGCGCGGAGAUUGUGGGAGUGGACUGAGGGGGAGGUUUCGAGGGCGUUGGCAUAG